AAUACCUCAUUUCUAAAUUUUUCACUUCCUCACUCUCACUCUCACUCUCUUAGCCUCUUUCUGUUGCUUUGAAAGCCAUUUGCUUCAAAUCUCUGCAGGCAUUAGUAAAUUAGAUUGUAGUAUAAAUCUUUGAGUUUUUUUUCUUUGUUCUGCUUUUGGUUUUUGCAAAACUAUUGGUUGAUAUGAGUCAUUCCAUAUUCUGUGUUGUUUUGUUUUUGACCAUUUUCUGUGUGGGAAUUUCUUUGGCUUCUUCUAUAAAAGAACAAAAGAGAGAUAAAAUUAAGUGGUUACCAGGGCAACCAAAAAUUGUUGGAUUUGAACAGUAUUCAGGUUAUGUGACUGUGAAUGAGGAGAGUGGAAGAGCAUUGUUUUACUGGUUGACUGAAGCACCACUGAGUCAUGGACCCAAUUCAAAGCCACUAGUUUUAUGGCUUAAUGGUGGUCCUGGUUGUUCUUCCAUUGCUUAUGGUGCUUCGGAAGAAAUUGGUCCUUUUCGCAUUAGGCCUGAUGGCAAGUCACUUUACUUGAAUCCUUAUGCUUGGAACAAUUUGGCAAACAUACUGUUCCUCGAGUCUCCUGCUGGUGUUGGCUUUUCUUAUUGUAAUAAAACAACAGACAUGCAGAAUUUUGGUGACCAGAAAACAGCUGAGGAUGCAUAUAUUUUUCUAGUUAAUUGGUUUGAAAGAUUUCCUCAGUACAAACAUAGAGAAUUCUACAUGGCUGGGGAAAGUUAUGCAGGGCAUUAUGUUCUUCAGUUGGCUCAAAUUGUUAACCAGAGAAAUAAGGGAGUCAGUAAUCCAGUUAUAAAUUUUCAGGGAUUUAUGGUAAGCUUUUUAGAUUCAUGUUUUAAUCUUUUAUGUUCACAUAGACAGAACACAGUUAACUUAUGUUAUGAUAAUCAUAUUCUACUAUCGUUGCAACAGGUUGGAAAUGGUGUAAUUGAUGAUUAUCAUGAUUAUAUUGGAACAUUUGAGUACUGGUGGACGCAUGGUUUGAUUUCAGAUUCCACAUAUAAGAAACUAAACAUUGGCUGUGAUUUUGGGUCCAUUCAGCAUCCAUCAGUGCAAUGUUUGCAGGCUCUUACUGUUGCAAUUACCGAGCAAGGAAACAUCGAUGGAUAUAGCAUUAAUACACCGCCUUGUAACAAUACCGCAUCACUCAGAAGCGGCUUGCAUGAUCGUUAUCCUUGGAUGUAUAGAGCAUAUGAUCCUUGUGCUGAAAGGUAUUCUGAUGUGUACUUCAAUCGUCCAGAAGUUCAGAAGGCACUUCAUGCCAAUGUAACUGGGAUUUCAUAUGCUUGGAAGGCAUGCAGUGGUACUGUUUGGGAUUACUGGACUGAUUCCCCAUUGUCUAUGCUUCCUAUAUAUCAAGAACUUAUUAAUGCUGAUCUCCGGAUAUGGGUAUACAGUGGAGACACUGAUGCUGUAAUUCCACUUACUGCAACUCGAUAUUCUAUUGGUGCCUUGAAGCUGCCAACCAUCAUGAAUUGGUACCCUUGGUAUGAUAAUGGCAAGGUUUGUGGAUGGAGUCAAGUUUAUAAGGGGCUCACAUUGGUCACAGUAAGAGGUGCUGGACAUGAGGUUCCUCUUCAUCGGCCUCGCGAAGCAUUCAUUCUUUUUAGAUCAUUCUUGGAAAACAAGAAUAUGCCAUCAAGUUAAUCAGAUGCAUUUUCUCUUUUCCACUUCAAGUAUAGAAGAACCAAAAUAACC